UUUUCACGAGGGCAUCUCGCGUGUAGCUAGUCGAGGUUGUGUACAGAAGAUUAUUACCGCGCGGCGCGUGGUUUCGAGAAGUCCGACGCGUCUCCUCAAGCACUACUGCACCCAUGUCGCUGUUGGUAUGUCCCCGCGCAUCUCUGCACCGCAGACUCGCGUUUUUCUUCUCUCGCACCCUCGCUACCGGUCCCAGGCAAGCUGGUAGCCCAUCGGCAGAGAAGAAGCCAUCGACGGCAAAGUCAGCAACAUCACCGUCUCCGGAAGACCUAAAACCGCCCAUCUCGUCGUGUCCUGCCGGAACAGUCCUGUCGGGAUUGAACUACCUCAAAGGACAACCUCCCGUUCUCGCCAUGCCGGACGCUGACUACCCAAGUUGGUUAUGGGACCUGACGAACCCCAAGAAGAGAUCCGCGGUGGAAGACGUUGAACCGGGGAGCGAUGCGGAAAAGAGACGCUUGAGGAGGGAGAAUCGCCAGUUGUUGAGGGAUAAGAAUAAAUUUGGGGCGCGUUGAAUGGCCGGGCACCAUGUACGUGGCGAUUUUACUGACACGUCGUUGCUACUGUACUCUAAGUACCGGACAUUUGAUAGACCCUUCCUGGUAGUACUUGCUGACGUGCACGGUGAUGCGGCAGACUUGCAUACUAGCACUUGCCUUCACGUGGGCUUUAUGCUCUAUCGACUUCUAGUAUUCGGGAAUGAAUCGUGCGCUCAUCGGAUGCUGUUGAG